AUGAUCGUACGUUCUUUUAUAUUAUUGCUCAUCCAUUUAGUGGUCGUGUUGGCAGUACCCUUUAAAUCGACAGGAAGAAAUGAUCCAAGAAAGCAGUUUAUUUCAUCAAAUUUGCCAGGUCUAUAUGAAAAUAUACCUAAAAAUGAAAUCCCAUUAAUGUUCUCUGGGCAACUAAAGCUAUAUGAGGAAAAUAAUACUCAUCUUUAUUAUUGGAAGUACAGUGACCAGAAUAAGCUUCCGGAGAACAAGAAACGUUCUAUCUUUUGGCUAAAUGGUGGACCUGGGUGCUCCAGUAUGGAUGGUGCCCUCAUGGAAGCGGGUCCCUUCAGGAUCAAUGAUGAAUUGAAGGUGACAUAUAAUAAUGGCUCAUGGCAUAAGCUAGCUGAUAUGAUCUUCGUUGAUCAGCCCGCAGGAACGGGUUUUAGCUUUUCUGAUGAGUAUUCAAAAACCUUAGAUGAAUCUACAGCAGUUUUUAUGAAGUUCUUGGAGAAGUAUUUUGAAGUCUUUCCUGAAGAACUUGAUAAUGAAGUUUACAUAGCGGGCGAGAGUUAUGCGGGUCAAUAUAUUCCUUAUAUUGCUGAACGUGUUUUGAAACGAAACAAAGAAUUGAAGAAGAACGAAAAGAUUUAUAAUCUUAAGGGUCUUCUAAUUGGAAAUGGGUGGAUCUCUCCUGUGGAUCAAGGAUUGUCUUAUCUACCGUUUUCUUAUCAGGCGGGUCUUAUAAGAGAAGAUAACAGUAGGUGGGGUGAGCUUUUACGUAAACAGGAACGUUGCCAGAAACUCAGAGACAAAAUCGAUGGUGCUCAGGAUUUAAAUACCGCCCUAAAGUAUGAAGAUCAAGAAAACGUUUGUGAGAAUAUCCUUACUACUAUUUUAGAAGCUACUAGCGAAGACAACCAAUGCAUAAACAUGUAUGAUUAUACUCUACGUGACUCAUAUCCUUCUUGUGGAAUGAAUUGGCCUCCUGACUUGAAGAAUGUGAAUCCAUUUCUUAGAGAUGACAAGGUGAUGGAAGAUUUGAACAUAGCCCAUAAGGCUAAAUGGAUGGAAUGCAGUGGAAAAGUAUCAAGAAAUCUUGAUUCUAACCCUGUGCCAUCUAUAUAUUUAUUGCCCAAGAUUUUAUCAGAAAUUCCCAUUGUUCUCUUCAAUGGUAAUAGAGAUAUCAUUUGCAAUUACCUUGGCACAGAAAAUUUAAUUAAAAGGUUGGAAUGGAAUGGUAAGGUAGGUUUUUCUGAGGAUACAGAAGCCAUGAAUUGGAUAUAUGACAAUAAAACUGCAGGGUAUAUCAAAUCAGAAAGAAAUCUAACUUUUAUAAAUGUUUUUGAUUCAUCUCACAUGGUGCCUUUCGACAAGCCCGAUGUAUCAAGGUCUUUGAUCGAUAUAAUCACUGGUAAUUUUGAUAUUGAGUCUCGAAAUGAGGGCAAGAGUUCCUUAAUCACAUACAAAAUUGGACUUCGUCAUAUGAUGAAGAGCGAAGGACAGGGAGGAGAGCCUCUGCCUGUUCAGUCUACCCCUGCUAUUUCAUCAUCCGCUGAUUUGCCAUCUUCAGAAACCGAUGACCUGGAUAAAGCUGGCAACAAUUCAGAGAACGGACGGGAGCAAAAUUCCAGUAAGAUUACAAGGCUUAUUCAACUUUUGGUUCUCCUUGUCCUCGUAUGGGGUGUUUAUGUAUUGUAUUCCUCCUACAAAUCAAGACCUUCUUCGAUUAUUAAAAGCGGUCCUUCUUCGGGUAAAAAGAAAAAUGUACAAUGGGCAGAUCAAUUGAGACAAUUCCAAGAAGAUGAUAUAGGAAAUCAACCUCCAAAACAAGGCUUUUUCAUGAAAACUUUCAGUAAACUUAGAGGAGCUGACCCCAAUGGAGUUUAUUCUCCAGCUUCGAAUAAGUACGAGGAUAUAGAGUUGGGUGAACAUGUAAAUCAAAAUAACGCCCAUAACGAUGAUGAUUUUAUUAUAGAAAGCGAAGACGAAACUGAAUUGCCUAUACAAGAUUAUAGCGAAGAAGAGAACCAGAGUCAGCUAGAUCAUGAUUCUAGCAGCUUCCAGCUAAAAGACUUCGAAUCAAAGGAAGCCACUGGGUCUAGAUAG